UCGCCACUGUCCCCAAGCGCUGCUCCCAGGAAAAACGUCCUUCCUGACGUGACCCUAAGAAAGGUCCUCCGGGCCUCGAUUUCCCCUUUGUGAGCGCGCAGGUGCAGGAAGGCGCUUCCCUUUAGUAACAAGGAAGGGGGAAAAGAAGGAAGGGACAGCGCCCCAGCCUCGGCCCCACCCCCGACCCCAGGCCACCGCGCACGGCCAGGGGGCGGGAAUGGGGCUCGGCCCCUUUAAGUCCCGCCCGGGAACGCCCGGGACCGCGGCGCUAUUCCGGGAUCUGCGGACCGGGAAGCGGGGUGUCCCCUCCCCGCGCGGUUCGGUGCGCUAGGCCUCGCGGGCCGGGCCGGGGACCAUGAGCCGCAUCUACCAGGACGGCGCGCUCCGGAGCAAGGCGGUGCUGAGCGCGCGGCUGCCCGGGGCCUGGGACCCCGCCGCCCACCAGGGGGGAAAUGGUGUCCUGCUGGAGGGAAAACUGGUGGACAUGUCUCGUCACAGCAUCUUGGAUGCCCACGGCAGGAAGGAGCGUUACUACGUUUUGUACAUCCAUCCAAGUCACAUCCACCGCCGUAAAUUCGACCCUAAGGGAAAUGAAACUGAGCCCAACUUCAGCGCCACCAGGAAGGUGAACACGGGCUUCCUCCUGUCAUCCUACAAGGUGGAAGCCAAAGGGGACACGGACAGACUCACGCCCGAGGAGCUGCGGAGGCUGGUGAACAAGCCCGAGCUGCUGGCCCUCACAGCAAGCCUCACCCCCGGGGAGACGGUGGCCUUCUGGAUGCCCGAGUCAGAGAUGGAGGCCAUGGAGCUUGAGCUGGGAACCGGGGUCCGGCUGAAAACUCGAGGCGAUGGCCCAUUCCUAGAGUCAUUAGCCAAGCUGGAGGCUGGGACAGUAACCAAGUGCAAUUUUGCUGGUGAUGGAAAGACAGGAGCAUCCUGGACAGACAACAUCAUGGCCCAAAAGUCUUCAGAGGGGGCCACAGCGGAGAUCCGAGAGCAAGGGGACGGGGCAGAGGACGAGGAGUGGGACGACUGAGAUCAGAGGGCACCGAUGCCUCUGGGUCUCACCUGCAUCUUCGUGGCACCUUGGGAUUUGUCCCCAUCACUUCCACCCUGGAGCUGAAGAGAGCAAACAGCCAAGCCUUUCCUGCUUCUUCCUGCAGCUGCCUCUGCAGACCUUUUACACAAGCUUGCUGAAGUCACCUCUGAGACCAUGACAUCGGCGGAGGGACCCCAGGCUGUGGCUUGUGGGGCAUGGUGGGGGUUGGGGGAUCCAUCCUUGGAUGCAACUCUGACUUUCCAAGGAAUGUUCAUGGCACCCUUCCCCUGGGUGGCAGCCUGUAGUGGGUGACUUCCCCAGGGCAGUUUGAGGCUUGGCUUGGAGCAAAAUUGGGGAACAUCCUUUAUGCAAAUGCAGAGGUCUCUCCUUCUGUCCUGUUUCCUGCUUUCCUUCUAUCCCACCCUCUCUCCAGCCUCUCCUGUAGCCUCUGCUAUCCUGCUUCCAGCCUCCCUGUGCUCUUUCUUUCCACCCCACCCCACCCAAGGUACCAGUUCUUUAUUUCUGUGACUCCAUGUUCCCUUGGGGUUUCCUGUCUCCUCCCCUCCUUGACUCCGACUUGACUGAUUCUUUCUCAGGGAGGCCGACACCGGCAUGGCUGGCUGGUCUGCAGCUCUCAGACUGACUCUGCUGGGCCACUUUUUGUUUGUUUUCAUGUGCAGGGAAGUGCUCCCCUCCUCAGCCUGCCCCCUCAGCUCUGGGCCCCAUUUUUGCCACCACCUUUUCUGUUGUUUUGUACCUUGAGAACUUUUUAUGAAUGAGUAAAUCUCCAGGAAAGUAUUUCUCCACACUGACUGGGUUCUUGUCAGGUGUUAAUGGUUUUCCAGCUGAGGUCUUCUAGCUGAGCCAUGAUCCUAAAAGAAGGAAGACUGGUGACUUUGGUCAUGGACAUUGCCUUCUGGGUAAUGUGCCCACACUUAGCUCUGUUGAAAUCCAGAGUGGAAGUCGACAGGUCCUAAGUUAAAAUUUACAUGUCUGUGUCAUGUGGAUCCUGCUUGA